UCUCUCUCCGUCUCUCUGUCUCUCGCUCCACAGCAUCCUGAAGUCUAUGGAGUUUGGCCCAUCAGACAGCUCAGUGCAGGUCAUGUCUAAACCCCUAGAAGUGUUAUUGUUGGAGAAGAAGCAUAGUCUGCAUUCCGAGAGUUCCUCUUUGCGCAUCGCAAACACUGAGCUGAGCGGGUCAGCCAGGCGAAAAGGGAAAGAGGCAUCCGUGGAGGAGACCACCACACCCAGUACCCCCUCCCUGCCUCCUCCUCUUCUCCCCCCGUCCCCCCAUCUCCACCUGCCCCAGAUCCCCUCCGACCCCCCUUACACCUCCACCACCAACGGGACACACCCCUUCACCCCCACAGGCAUCGGCCAGGAUUUCUACAGCCCCCACUUCCCUCCGGUGGGGGGCAAGAUGUCCCUCAACUCCCUCCUGCAGCGCCAGCUCAUGCAGACGUUCUACUCCAAAGCCCAGCAGGAGUCCAAUCAGGGAGCAGCUCUACUGUUCGCCCCUGUCCACUACACCCCUACCUCCGGCUCUAGCCCUGUCCCGCUCUCGGCCAGCCCCCUGCCCACCCAGCAGUCUCCUGCAGGCCCAGAGGUGAACGGUAGUGCCCUGUCCCCCUCUCCCAGCCAGUCUGAGGGGACUGGGGACAGUGUGUCUGACUGGGAGGACAUGGACACCUCAGAGAUCGCCCGACAGAUCAAGGAGCAGCUGAUUCAACACAACAUUGGCCAGCGGGUGUUUGGUCACUAUGUACUGGGCCUGUCCCAAGGCUCGGUCAGUGAGAUCCUGGCUCGGCCCAAACCCUGGAGCAAGCUGACCAUCCGGGGCAAAGAGCCCUUCCACAAGAUGAGGCAGUUCCUGUCUGACGAGCAGAACAUCCUGGCACUACGCAGUAUCCAGGGACGGCAGAGAGAGAGCCCAGGCCAGGCCUUUAGUCAGGCGUUACAGGACCUGCCCAAGCAGAGUGUCAGCUCUGACCAAGCCUCCCGGACAGGUAACAUCACCACACGUGUCCGUACUCCAGAGUGUGGUUCAGACGAGGCCAUCAAGUCUAUCCUGGAGCAGGCCAAGAGAGAGCUGCAGGUGCAGAAAAUUGCAGACUGCUACCAUGGUCCUUCUCCUGGUGGGGGACUGAGAGUAGGAGGCGGUGGUUCAGACAAGGCUAUCCACUCCAUCCUAGAACAAGCUCGACGAGAGAUGGAGGCCCAACAGGCUGCUGUGGAACCCAUCCUCAAAGCCUCCUCUUCCUCUUUCUCCUCUCCCUCCCAGAGGGAUCUACUGGUCUCCCAUUUGGCUGCCUCCUUCCCCACCCCUCUGACUCUCUCCAUGAAGAAACCCCCCGCCGCCCUCCCAGUCUCCUCCUCCUCGCCGUUUACAGUCCUGGACUUCAGCUCUCGUGUGAAGAGGGAGGACAGAGGAGCGUCGAUGCCGGACGGCAUGGCUGCUGGCGUGCCGGGGUUGGGUCGGAGCCCUGAGGGGUCUGCAGUGUGGUGGUGGAGCAACAUGAACCCAGACCCCCGCAGAGAUAAACCCACACUGGGGGGAGAGGAGAACCACACCCAGGAGGACUCUAAAGAGGCUCCAGGAAGUACGUGUGACGCGACGUCCGGUCGUAAACCCUGGACCAAGGUGACUUCCAGAGGCCUGCGUAUGCAGCUGUGGUUGAACUGUGACCUGGGUCAGAACACACACAUCGAGCCUGCUCACAGCCAAGCAGAGGGCACUCCCAGCCAGACCUCAGCCAGCUGCAGCCCUGCCCCAGAGUCCCCACUGAGCUCUGCUGAGGAGUCAUCCUACGGUUUAGGGGGGGACCGGGACCCUCUUGCCUCCCAGGCCCCGUCUCUGGAUACCCCAUAUGGUGAGCCCUCCGGGGGGGAGUCCCAGCCUGGCACGCCCCUCCUCGGCCCCCUCACAGGCCUCAGCAUCCAGGAGACGAUAGCCAUGUCACCUGAGCUGGAUACAUACGUUCUCACCAAGAAGGUCAAGGAGGUGCUGACUGAUAACAACCUUGGGCAGCGUCUGUUUGGGGAGAGUAUCCUGGGUCUGACCCAGGGCUCGGUGUCUGAUCUGCUGGCUCGGCCGAAGCCCUGGCACAAGCUCAGUCUGAAGGGACGUGAGCCAUUCGUCCGCAUGCAGUUCUGGCUGCAGGACCCACACAAAGUGGAGAAACUGAUGGACAUGAAACGCCUGGAGAAGAAAGCCUACCUGAAGAGACGCCACAGUUCGCUGAGUGAUAGCCGUUCUGUGGACGGUGGCCUGGCAGGACCAGACUUCCUUCAGAGCUCCAGCCCCCAGCACCAGCGACGGACUCAGCUGUACCAGAAGAAGGUCCGGGUGGUUCUGGGUCCCGAGGAGAAGGAGGCUCUGAAGAGGGCUUACCAGGAGAAACCCUACCCCUCCCCCAAAACCAUUGAGGAGCUGGCCUCCCAGCUCAACCUGAAGACCAGCACGGUCAUCAACUGGUUCCACAACUACAGGUCUCGUAUCCGCAGGGAGCUCUUCAUAGAGGAGAUUGAGGCUGCAGGGUCAGCGGCAGCAGCUAAAGCAGGGGAGGGGGACAGCUGUGACGGGACUGAGUCAGACAGCACAGUGGAGGGGCACCACGGGAGGCACAGAGGAGCCCCUGAGAACCAGGACAUGGAGGUCAGGGUUGAAGCCGGGGUGUCAGGUGGAUCCCCUGCCCAGAGAAACUGCACUACCUCAGGCUCGGUCGGGCCGGUCUCCAGCAGCAACAGCAACCUCUUCAGUCUACCUGAGGCAGGUCUCUCUCUCUCAGCCCCCUCCAGUCACAUCUCAACCCCGGCUAGGAACCCCAGGGACAAUACCCUGCGCAGGAAGAAAGCUGCCAACCUCGACAAUAUCAUCCACAGACUGGAGAAGGCUGCCGGCAAGGAAGACCCUUCUGAGUGGGAGUUCUGAACCUCCCCCCACACCCCUUUCUCAUGACCUCACAACCUCUGCCCUCUGACUGUCCCCCUGGUCUUCUCCUAUUGGACAGAAGAGGGCACAGCCAAAGCCAAGCUCAUUGGCCAUUUUUAUACACAGUCUCUUUCCUGAGAGAAAGGAGAGAAGUGGUUACCAAACCAAGAUAUAGAAAAAGAUAUAAUGAACACUUAGAAGACAAAAAUGAGGGAAUCUCAGGCUCGCUGAAUAGAGUUUUCUUUCUUACGGAGAAUCACUUAGUCGCCCUGCUGGCCACAGGGCUUACUGUACCCCCAAACACCACCAAUUACUGGCAGGUACUACCAAACACCACCAAUUACUGGCAUGUACACCCAAACACCACCAAUUACUGGCAGGUACCCCCAAACACCACCAAUUACUGCAGGUACUGUACCCCCAAACACCACCAAUUACUGGCAGGUACUGUACCUCCAAACACCACCAAUCGCUGGAAGGUACUGUACCUCCAAACACCACCUAUUCCUGGCAGGUACCUCCAAACACCACCAAUUACUGGCAGGUACCUCCAAACACCACCAAUUACUGGCAGGUACCCCCAAACACCACCAAUUACUGGCAGGUACCCCCAAACACCACCAAUUACUGGCAGGUACCCCCAAACACCACCAAUUACUGGCAGGUACCCCCAAACACCACCAAUUACUGGCAGGUACCCCCAAACACCACCAAUUACUGGCAGGUACCUCCAAACACCACCAAUUACUGGCAGGUACCCCCAAACACCACCAAUUACUGGCAGGUACCUCCAAACACCACCAAUUACUGGCAGGUACCUCCAAACACCACCAAUUACUGGCAGGUACCCCCAAACACCACCAAUUACUGGCAGGUACCUCCAAACACCACCAAUUACUGGCAGGUACCUCCAAACACCACCAAUUACUGGCAGGUACCCCCGAAUGCACCACAGACAGACCAAUCUGACCUGGGGUUUCUCCCAGAGCUGGACCAGGGGCUUUUUAAAGGAUGGACACUCACAGGAGGAGAAUGUUUAACGUGUUAGUUUAGAAGAUAAACAUCAGUGUCCUGUCCUCACACAGCGACCUCACUCCUCUCCUCCCACACUGUCCUGUGACUGUUACAAACCUUUUGCCUUUUUCUCUUCUCUACUGGUGUGUGUUCUUGUAAGAGCAGCUUGACUUUUUAACCUUGUUACAUCGUGUGUGUGUGUGUGUGUGUGUGUGUGUGUGUGUGUGUGUGGUGUGUGUGUGUGUGUGUGUGUGUGUGUGUGUGUGUGUGUGUGUGUGUGUGUGUGUGUGUGUGUGUGUGUGGGUGGGUGGAGCAAGAUGAUUCAUCUGAAGAGAACAAUCAAACCUAAAGAAAAAAAAAAGGAAAAAAACGGCCAAGUUUCCAUAGUUACUGAGGGAAGAAUGACCUUUGACCCCUGUGUGGUCCUGCUAGCAGCCAUGUGAUGGUGCCUGGCCGGCGGGAUCUCUGGUGUACCACUCAAAUGAAGAGGAACCACCUUUUGUUUUCUUCCCCUAGAGUCCUACAACAACGUUUAUUUGUAUUUUCUUUAUAUAUAUAGCGAUGUGGUUGCCGUUAAGAGAUUGCAAGUUAGAGAAGAAUUACUGCUUUUACUUCCAAGUGAAACAUGUUUAACUCACGGUUAAAAGUUUAUAGUUUAUGAUGAAAUGUUAUAGUAGCUGACUUAGUGAUAUGUUGUCAUUUGUUCUGAGUAAGUAAGCGUACACAUCACAGUUUAACCAACCUACUCUGACCUAUCCGGGUGAAAUCGGGAGAACUGGUCAAAGCAACACGUUUAAUAUCAUCUGUACUGGACGUCUCAGUGCUCAUCUGAAUACAGAGAGACGGGGGAUCAGUUUGGGACUUCAUACAGGGGCUUUUACUAAAGCCCUGCUCCAACGUCUACUCCCUACCAGCCCCUACUCCCUACCAGCCCCUACUCCCUACCAGCCCCUACUCUAUACCAGCCCCUACUCUAUACCAGCCCCUACUCUAUACCAGCCCCUACUCCCUACCAGCCCCUACUCUAUACCAGCCCCUACUCUAUACCAGCCCCUACUCUAUACCAGCCCCUACUCCCUACCAGCCCCUACUCUAUACCAGCCCCUACUCUAUACCAGCCCCUACUCCCUACCAGCCCCUACUCCCUACCAGCCCCUACUCCCUACCAGCCCCUACUCUAUACCAGCCCCUACUCUACACCAGCCCUUACUCUAUACCAG